UGGGGGAAUCUUCACGACUCACACACAAAUAAAGAUAAUAACUCGGAGAAACCGAAGCGAGUUUGACUCUCUGAGUUCAUCACCGAGUCAACUCUGCUCUUCUCCAUCUCCACCACCAUGGCUGCUGCAGCUUCACUCCACACCUCAAUCUCUCCGCGUAGCUUCCUCCCUCUCUCCAAACCAUCUCUGAUGAAACCUCACCGCUCUCAAACUCUCCUGAGAAAAAACAAACAGAGAAGCUGCGUUUCGUGCGCGUUGAUCCGAGACGAAGUCGAUGUGAUUCCGGUUCAGAGCCGAGACCGUACGGACCACGAGGUGGUUUUGAUGAGCGCCGAGACGGAGAGAGAUGGUAACGAAGCGGUGGUUGUAGGGUUUGUUCCCGCUGCGACGACGACGAGCGAAGGUCAGCUUUCGUUAGAAGGCUUCCCUUCUUCUUCAGGAGCUGAUUUGGGAGAUGAGAAGAGAAGAGAGAACGAAGAGAUGGAGAAGAUGAUUGAUCGAACCAUUAACGCUACGAUCGUUUUAGCUGCUGGUUCUUACGCCAUUACCAAGUUGCUCACCAUCGAUCAUGAUUACUGGCAUGGAUGGACACUGUUUGAGAUACUGAGAUAUGCUCCUCAACAUAACUGGAUUGCUUACGAAGAAGCGUUAAAGCAAAACCCUGUUCUAGCCAAAAUGGUCAUAAGUGGAGUUGUCUACUCUGUUGGAGAUUGGAUAGCUCAGUGCUACGAAGGCAAACCGUUGUUUGAAAUCGAUAGAGCAAGAACAUUGAGAUCAGGACUAGUUGGUUUCACACUCCAUGGCUCGUUAUCUCAUUUCUAUUACCAGUUCUGUGAGGAGCUUUUCCCAUUUCAAGAUUGGUGGGUGGUUCCUGUCAAAGUCGUCUAUGAUCAAACUGUAUGGUCGGCUAUAUGGAACAGUAUUUACUUCACGGUUCUUGGCUUUCUACGUUUUGAAUCUCCUCUCAGCAUCUUUAAAGAACUAAAAGCUACGUUCUUUCCUAUGUUAACAGCUGGGUGGAAGCUAUGGCCAUUUGCUCAUUUGAUCACGUACGGUGUGGUCCCUGUUGAACAACGACUUUUAUGGGUAGAUUGCGUGGAGCUUAUUUGGGUCACUAUACUCUCGACUUACUCGAACGAGAAAUCAGAAACAAGAAUAUCUGAGUCUGUCAUUGAGAGCUCUUCAAGUUCUACCACAUCCAUUGAUCCCUCCAAGGAAUGAGAAAGCAGAAACCCAAAAUUGGGUCUUAUGAUCCUUCAUCACAUUGUAUAUGUAUAUAUAUACAUAGAGUUUAGCCAAUAGAGUGGCUGGAGAUUUGAGAUUGAUACAGAGGAGAUGAAGAUAUUCAAAUGGAUGUAUCUCUCUUGAUGUAUAAGCAAAUAUAAUCAAAAUAUUAAAUACACAAGAGAGAAAAAAAAUUAUAAUUAAAUAUGAUUACAGCUUAAUAAAGCUUGCAGGUCA